AUGGUGAAGGCAGCUAAGGAAAUUCAAAUGGAGAACCCAAGAGAGGCAGAGAGUCCCAGCACAGGGGCCACAUGUUCCCCACCAGAGGAACAAGCAAGAAAACCCUCCAUGCUCUGUUUUAAGAAGCGGAAGAAGUCCUGUAAGAAGGGGCUGACUGUGAAGGAUGAGUGCGAAGGAACCUCAGAGGAGAAAAGCCAAUAUGUCAGCACUGACCAAGAGGAGGCAAAAGCUUCCAAUCCAUCACGAUCCUCCAAAGGAACCUGGGCAGCCAUCAAAAACCUUGCCAGACCUCGGAAAAGGCAGAAGUCCUCCUCACGGAAGAAGGUGCCCUCUGAUUCCCAAGUGCAGCUGGAAGUGGAUGCUGAGGAGAGCUGUGCGCAAGACCUCCCAAAGAAACGGGCGGGCUCUGGGGUGAAGAUGCCCUGUGUGAGGUUCUCCAGAGGCAAGAAAAAACCCAGCGCCUCAGAAGCAGUGGAGGAGUCAGAGGGUAGUGUUCAAGCAAAUGAAGUGAUGGGUAUUGUGAAUAAGGCUAGCGAGGAGCCAGAGGACUUGGUCCCUAUGGACAAAUCUGAAUCCUUCAGCCCAGUCUCUGCACAGGAGGAGCAGGAUACUGUGAAGGAGGAGCAGCAUAGAAUGAAAGAUGACCAGGAUGCAGUGAAGGCGGACCAAGAUGCAAUGAAGAAGGACCAAGAUGCAGUGAAGGAGGACCAGGAUACAGUGAAAGAGGACCACGAUACAGCAAAGGAAAGUGACACUUCUGUUGGGAAGAGUGAACCCUUGACAGAGCCCACACGUGAUGCAGAGGAACAUUCAGAGUGCGCUGUUCACUUGGAGAAAAUCACUUUAGAGACAGUUGAUGAAACAGCCCAGGACAAACUGCAGGAAGGGAGCCUACCCCAAACCACCAACAAUGUGGAGGGCAGGGAAGCUGCUCCCGAAGCACCUGAAAUCACAGAGUGGCAGGAAAUCCCUAAUACCUGCAAAGAGAUGCCUGAAAGGGAUGAAUUGGAAAAGAGCAUAAAUCUUCCUGAGGAGUGCAAGGCCGAGGAGACUGUAACUGGUUUCAGUGAGUUGGCAUCUGGAGGUGAUGCAGCAAGUGUGCAGGAGGCAGCAAGUGUGCAGAGUGCAGGAAGCAUGCAGGAGGCAGCGAGUGUACAGGAUACAGUGAGUGUGCAAGAUACAGCAAGUGUACAGGAUACAGUGAGUGUGCAGAGUGCAGAAAGCAUGCAGGAGGCAGUGAGUGUACAAGAUACAGCAAGUGUACAGGAUACAGUGAGUGUGCAGAGUGCAGAAAGCAUGCAGGAGGCAGUGAGUGUGCAAGAUACAACAAGUGUACAGGAUACAGUGAGUGUGCAGAGUGCAGAAAGCAUGCAGGAGGCAGUGAGUGUGCAAGAUACAGCAAGUGUACAGGAUACAGUGAGUGUGCAGAGUGCAGAAAGCAUGCAGGAGGCAGUGAGUGUACAGGAUACAGCGAGUGUGCAGGAUGCAGCAAGAGUCCAGGAUGCCAUGAGUGUGCAAGAGGCAGAGAGUGCCCCAGAUGCCAUGAGUGUGCAGGAUGCCAUGAGUGUGCAAGAGGCAGAGAGUGUGCCAGCUGCUAUGAGUGUGCAGGAUGCCAUGAGUGUGCAAGAGGCAGAGAGUGUGCAGGAUGCAGUGACUGUGAAGGAUGCAGUGAGUGUGAAGGAUACAGCAAGCAUGCAGGAUGACGCAGGUGUGCAGGAUGCAGUGACUGCACAGGAUGUAGCAAGCCUGAAGGAUGCAGCAAGUGUGCAAGAGGCAGCAAGUGUGCAGGAAUGCUCCAGCCAUCAGGUAUUAGAAGCAAAUGCAGGCGCUGGUGUCAGCAUUGUCAUCACCAUCACCGAAGCUGAGGACUCUGACAACACCGACUCUGACCAGGCCUAUGAGCCAUCCCCAGUUUUGCACCAAAAAAAGCAAAAAGGGAAUAAAAAAUCAAACAGGAAUGCUGAUGUUGGUCAAAAAGAGGGCCCCGAGGCUGGUGGUGGUCCCCAGGCAGAGGAGAAAGGUCUGGGUGACCAGGGGCACAGAACUGGGGAGCAGUACGAGUUGCUCCUCAUAGAAACUGCCUCUUCCCUAGUGAAGGCGGCCAUUCAGUCAUCCAUAGAGCAGCUGGUCAACGAAAUGGCCCUGGAACAGAAUAAACACAACAGCUUUCUGUGA